AUGGCGGCCGCACACUCCACAGUGGUAAAGCGAGUGGAGGAGCUUGGGGACUUGGCUCAGGCCCACAUACAGCAACUUAGUGAAGCCGCCGGCGAAGACGAUCACUUUUUAAUUCGGGCCUCUGCAGCUCUAGAAAAAUUGAAACUCCUUUGUGGAGAAGACAGAGAAUGUUCAAAUCCAUCAAACCUUCUAGAACUUUACACACAGGCUAUUUUGGACAUGACUUAUUUUGAGGAAAACAAGCUAGUAGAUGAAGAUUUUCCUGAAGAUUCCUCUCCACAGAAAGUAAAAGAUCUAAUCAGCUUUCUUUCAGAACCAGAAAUUUUAGCUAAGGAAAAUAAUAUGCUUCUAAAACCCUGCAGUUUGCUAGGGGAUGAGCUCCUGGAGUGUCUGUCUUGGAGACGUGGCGCCCUGCUCUACAUGUACGGCCAUUCUCUGACCAAAAGGAGAGAGUGGCUCUCAAGAAAAUCUGGUUUGCUUAAAAAGUACCUUGUUGAUGGAAUCAGUUACUUGCUACAGAUGCUAAAUUAUCGGUGUCCUGUCCUGUUAAAUGAAGGAGUUUCCUUUCAAGACAUAGAGACAGCUCAAUUACUGAGUGAAGGAAUUUUUAGUGACAUUCAUUUGCUGGCUAUGAUGUACAGUGGAGAAAUGUGUUACUGGGGAUUGAAGUAUUGUGCAAAUCAACAGCCAGAAAAUCAUGAAGUGGAUACUGAUGCUUCUGGAGCAAGCUGUACUACACACACAGAACCCUUGGACUUCCGAGAAGUAGGGGAAAAAAUUUUGGAAAAGUAUGUAUCUGUGUGUGAAGGACCCCUGAAGGAACAAGAAUGGAAUACAACAAAUGCAAAACAAAUUUUAAAUUUCUUUCAGCAUUGUUAUACUUAG